AGGAGGGGCCGUCACAAUGUUCAACAUUGCUAAUCUCUAUAACUUUCUCACUCUAAACUCUUUCUCACUCUAAAAAUUUCACCAAAUCCCCUUCAUACUCUUUGCAACUGCUUCACUUCUGAAGAACAAAACCCAAAAUUAAUUGGGAAAUAACGUGCAUUUUUCUCCAUUAUUGCUAUUAAGUUUAUCAUUAUUAUUUCAAGAAAACGGAAGAAAAAAACAGGGGAAGUUGAAUUUUUUUUGAAGAAAUUUGCAGUAAAAAUUGAGGAAGAUGAAGUAUGUUCUUGUAACAGGAGGUGUUGUGAGUGGAUUGGGAAAAGGGGUUACUGCAAGUAGUAUCGGUGUUCUUCUUAAAGCAUGUGGUCUUCGUGUUACUGCCAUUAAAAUUGAUCCUUAUCUGAAUACAGAUGCUGGAACUAUGUCACCCUUUGAGCAUGGUGAAGUGUUUGUUUUGGAUGAUGGAGGAGAGGUGGACUUAGAUCUUGGUAACUACGAGAGAUUCUUAGACAUCAAGCUGACACGCGAUAAUAAUAUUACAACCGGGAAAAUUUAUCAGUCUGUCAUUGACAAGGAGAGAAGAGGAGAUUAUUUGGGGAAAACUGUUCAGGUCGUCCCACAUGUUACUGAUGAAAUUCAAUCGUGGAUAGAACGUGUAGCGCAUACACCAGUAGAUGGACAAGAGGGACCUCCUGAUGUCUGUGUCAUCGAAUUAGGCGGAACUAUAGGGGACAUUGAAUCCAUGCCGUUUAUUGAGGCUCUUGGACAAUUUUCCUAUCGUGUUGGUUCUGGAAACUUUUGCCUUAUUCAUGUCAGUCUUGUACCAGUGCUAAAUGUUGUUGGGGAGCAGAAGACAAAGCCAACCCAGCACAGUGUUCGGGGACUGCGUGGCUUGGGCUUGACAGCAGAUAUUUUAGCUUGCCGCAGCACGAUGCCUCUUGAUGAAAAUGUGAAGGCAAAGCUCUCACAAUUUUGCCAUGUUCCGGAUGAGAAUAUUAUAACUCUGUUUGAUGUCCCCAACAUUUGGCACAUUCCUUUGCUUCUUAGAGACCAAAAGGCUCACGAAUCUAUAUUGAAAGUGCUUAACCUCUAUAGCUUUGCGAAGAAGCCUGUACUAGAUGAAUGGACUCGGAGAGCUCAACUCUGCGGCUUGUUAUACGAGCCUGUGAGAAUAGCCAUGGUUGGAAAGUACACAGGACUUUCAGAUUCUUAUCUCUCUGUGCUAAAGGCUCUCCUGCACGCCUCAGUUGCAUGUCAUCGUAAACUACUUCUUGACUGGGUUCCAGCUAGCGACCUUGAAGAAUCGACCAAGGAGGAGAACCCUGAGAGUUACAAAGUUGCAUGGAAUUUGCUGAAGGGUGCAGAUGGUGUUUUAGUUCCUGGAGGAUUUGGUGAUAGAGGAAUAGAAGGGAAAAUUCUUGCAGCGAAGUAUGCCAGAGAAAAUAAUAUCCCGUAUCUUGGCAUUUGUCUGGGAAUGCAGCUUGCUGUCGUUGAGUUUGCUCGGUCUGUUCUUGGAUUACAAGAUGCAAACAGCACGGAAUUUGAUACAGAAACCAAAAAAACCUCAAAUCCUUUUGUUAUAUUCAUGCCAGAGGGAUCAAAAACUCAUAUGGGUGCCACUAUGCGGCUUGGUUCUAGGAGGACAUACUUCCAGGUCAAGGACUGCAAGAGUGCAAAGCUGUAUGGAAAUGAAAACUUUGUUGAUGAAAGACACCGGCAUAGAUAUGAGGUGAACCCUGAUAUGAUUGCUCAGCUAGAGAGUUUUGGUAUGUCAUUCACCGGGAAAGAUGAAAGCGGCGAGCGAAUGGAGAUAAUUGAGCUGCCUGAUCAUCCCUUUUUUGUUGGAGCUCAAUUUCAUCCUGAGUUUAAGUCAAGACCAGGAAGUCCUUCACCUCUGUUUGUAGGUCUCAUAGCCGCAGCAACCGGACAAUUGAGCACUUUCUUAGACAACCCUAAUAUUGUACAUGAUAUGUUGCAAAGAGAUAGCCCAAAGUGCACCGGUCCCUUGCCAACACAACCUUGCAAGCUUUCUAACGGCCCCGUGAAAGUGAUUCACAAACAGCCCAGCAAUGGCCUUGUUAACGGAGUACACAAAAACCACGGCAAUGGCUCAUUAAUCCACGGCACACUCAAGGAUCAUCAUGCUACUAAUGGUGCAUUGAAUGGCAUUCAUCAUCCCGGAAAUGCAAAUUUAUUGAUGAAUGGUAGUACUCAUCAAAAUGGUUCAGCAAAUGGUAUUUAUCCCGAAUAUAGUCAUGAUAAUGGGAUGUCAAACGGAGUACAUAGUGAGCAUAUAAACGGUACCCUUAAUAAUAGCAUUUGUAGCAAUGGUAAUGGUUUUCACUAGUGAAGAAAGGAAAAGGAAUGUUAGUGGCCAUGCAUGAUCAGCAGAUUUUUGAUUAGCUCCUUCUGCUAGUAUUUUACGGUUUGGCUGUACAGUUGGUUGGUUAGAAGUAAAGUAAGCUCAGGUCAUUUUAGCUCUUGGGAUUCUGCCGCGUAUGAACAGUGCUGAAUCCGGUCUUUUUAUUCAGGAACGGCCUGUUGUAUUUUCAUGGUUGCAUUGUUAUUAUGUAACUAAAGAGGUUUUUCUUCUGUUUUUUUUUUUACCUCUGUAAAACUGAAACUAGUGUGUUUCCUACUGCCUAUUACUACUGGGUAUAUCCUUCUUAAAGAGUGAAUGCCUAAAACUUACUUUCAGGAA